AUGCCGCUGUUAUGCAGUGCCUGCGCCAACGUCUUCUGCGAGCAGGAGGAGGAGGACGACGACGACAAGGGCCCUGCUCCUGAGUCGCCCUUCUACAAGGCCAACCACCACAGUCUGCCCCGGUUGAAGAAGUCCGCCUCCGACGGCUGCCCCCUGUGCAUGCUGCUCUGGGCCGCCGCACCGCCCAAGGUCCAUGCUUUUUGGGAUGAGAUCCUGCGUGACGACCGUCCGGCGCACUGGCUACCCUGCUUCUUCACCGUCAAUCGGGCCAUCUUCGCCACCGCCACGCACCCGUGUGACACGAAGAAGCCGAAGCUGCUGGUCGAGUACAAGUACCAGCUCGGUCUGACGAACCCGCACGAGCAUCUGAAGCCGAUCAGGCGGCAUUUCAGGCUGCUGUGGAGUCAGGAGGCAGAGCCCCUCAUACAGCAAGCACGGUUCACGUCCACCACCCGGUCGGAGGAGAGCUGGCACACGUUCAAAAAGUGGAUGUGGACGUGCAUGUCCAAACACGGCCAAUGCUCGCCGCGGUCGCUGCACCUCCGCCAGCGCCAGCUUCCAAAGCGACUCCUCGAAGUCGGCGGCGAGGCGGCCAACACGGUCAGGCUGCGGACGGUCGAGAGCAUCGGCGACGCCUACGCGAUCGAGUACCUCGCGCUCAGCCACUGCUGGGGCACAGAGCCCCCGCGGGUAAUUCUCACGACCCGGUCUGCGGCCAGUCUGGUCGCGGGCGUCGACGUGGACGAGCUGUGUCGCACCUUCCAGGACGCCGUCGCCGUGACGAAGCGGUUCUGGGACGAGUUCGCCGUGCGAUACCUGUGGAUCGACUCGCUGUGCAUCAUCCAGGACUCGACCGAGGAUUGGCGCCACGAGUCGACCAUCAUGGGCGAGAUCUAUCAGAACGCCUUCUGCACGCUGGCCGCGACGGCCGCCGCCGACGGGACUCGUGGGUUCUUCUCCGACCGCGAUCCGCGCCUCGUCUCGCCCUGCACCGUCCCCGUCGUGCCCCAAAAGAGGGGCGGUGGUGAGAAGAUGACAAGGUUCUUUUACUGCGUCGACCACGACGACUGGGCCAAGAACGUCUCCCGGGCGCCCCUGAACGGCCGCUCAUGGGUGCUGCAGGAACGCCUGCUCUCGCCGCGCGUGCUACACUUUGGCGCCGACCAGCUGUACUGGGAGUGCUCGGGGCUCGAGGCGUCCGAGGCGUUUCCAGUAGGCUUUCCGGACGGGCUGGGCGAGCAGUUUAAACAGUUGCUGCCGUUCUCGGGCCUGCCGGCGAAUAUGUCGUCGUCGUCGUCGUCACCGCAAGGACGCUGGGAUCCCAGCCCCGGCACCAGCAAUGGCCGCGGCCCCUACGCCAUCUGGGACCAGGUCAUGGAGACGUACUCGGCGGGCCAACUGAGCCGGCGCAGCGACCGGCUGGUGGCGCUGUCGGGGAUCGCGCGCAAGCUGCAGCGCCGCCUCAUCCCGCACGACACGUACCUCGCCGGCCUGUGGAAGCAGGAUCUCCCCUUCGAGCUGCUCUGGGACGUCAAGGACCUUCCUCGCUCUCCUCCACCACCACCACAUCUUUACAAAUCCCAUUCGCACAGCAGCCGCCCUGAGUACGGGUACGGGUACGGGUGUGAAGACGAAUACAUCGCGCCGAGCUGGUCGUGGGCGUCGCGCAUGGCCACCGUGCCGUGCGAAACCGAGACGUGGGCGACGGCGAGCACGCUGAUCGAAAUCACCAGCGCGACCGUCGUGCCGGUCGACCACGCCGACCCCAUGGGCCAGAUCCGGUCCGGCAGCUUGCGGGUGGCCGGCGUGCUGGUGCGCGCGUCCCUCUCGCGCAUCCACCAGCCGGGUUCGCCGACGCCGGGCCUGGCGCUCCGAAUCCACGGUGAGCGCGCCGUGCCCUCCGCCAUCUGCCGCCCCGACGACGGCUUCAGCCCCACCGUCCACCUGCCCCCCGUCGUCUACUGCCUGCCGAUCCUGCGUGGCGUGCGCAACCGCGUCCCCCGCUACCGGGGACUGCUGCUCGUGCCCUCGGGGAGGGAGCGACAGCUUCGCAGAUACGGCACUUUCACCGCCGACGCGGCUGGCGACGAGUUCCUGGUGGUCGUCGCCUCGGGCUCGUCGUCGUCGUCGUCGCAACCGCGGCCGUUUGACACGGGUGAUUUAAGACCUGAUGGCCGCUAUGAGUUUACGAUUGUAUGA